AUGAAUGACACAGAUGAAAGCCAAGAAUGGCUGAAUGUCGCAAUCGAGAAAGGAUAUAUCAGAACAUAUGACUUUAAUUCAUUUGAAAAUUUCGAACAUAUUGCGAAUGGAAGUUUUGGUAAAGUUCAAAAAGCCUACCUAAAAAUUUUAAGGAAGACCGUUGUCUUAAAAAGCCUACGCGAUAACUUCAAGAGAGAUCCAAAGUUUUAUAAAUUGUUUGUGAGCGAGCUAAGAAAUAUUAAUGCCGUUAAAGAUAGUGACAAUGUCAUAAGUUUUAUGGGAAUCAGUCGGGAUGGAGGAAAUCUUCGAGAAUAUUUGGAAGAUUUACACCAAAGAAAACGUUUCUCCGAUCUUGGUUGGCCAAGAAAGAUCCAAAUGGCAAAAGAUAUCGCAAGCGGGUUGUAUUGCAUACAUGCUUCCAACAUUAUUCAUCGAGAUCUAAUCGAAUAUUCGGAUGCUAUCGCGGGAAGGAGGGAGACACCAGUCGAUGGAACUCCGUUGGACUAUGUGAAUAUCUAUACUAGUGCCUGGAAGGAUGAUCCUGAACAACGUCCUGCAAUUGAAGAAAUUCUAGAACUCCUCGAGAAUAUCAAGCUCCAACCCGUAUAUCAAAGGCCAGAUAAUUAUAACCAACGUCACGAGCUUGAACUUAUCACUAAUCGUCUUGAAAAGACCAAGCUCCUACCCGUGUACCAAACGAAAGUCGAGGGUGAUAGCAAUGAGUCAUCUAAAGAUUCAAGCAAUUCAAUUGAUAGUGAUUCUUGUGAAUUAGUUAGCCCCGUACGUACUGAAGUCAAGAGCUAUAUUGAUUGGGAACCUCAAGAUUUAAAUAGCCCCACUGACGAACGUCGUUUCAUUGUUGAUAGUUCGCAGGGCACCACCAUCUCAUUUGAAAGUUCGUACAGGAGUGAAAUAGACACCGAAGAUGCGGAGGAGGAAGAGAGGUUUAAUUUGAACGAUUCGACGCAAGGACUCUCUCUUGAAGAAUUACGAGAAAGAAUAAAAAUAUAUUUUGCAGCAGAAAAUUUCUCAAGAGUAUUAGAUCUCUGGGAAAUUAUUCUUGGUGAUCCUAAUCAUACACCCGAAGAUCAGAAGAAUGCAUCAGAAUGUCAAAUAGGGGAUCGGGCGGGAAGAGCGCUAGCUGACACCCUGUCAAAGAAUACGACACUUGAAAUUUUGAUUUUAUUUGUUAAUCAAAUCG